ACCUCUUUCCUGGUCCUUCUUUGUGGACUUCCCCCUCUGGCCUUUCUCAUAAUACCUUCUAGCCCACUGCAGUCCUGAUCUGACAUCUGAUUCUAAUCAUUCUCCCAUUCCUUCUCCAGACCUGGAGACUGGUCUGGGUUGGCCUCACACCCGAACAGGUGCGAUGCUCCUGAAUACCCCCAGAAGGCCAUGCUGCUUAACAGAUCCAUCUCUCUCUCCUCCCCCACUGCUAUCUGUUUUCCAAGACUGAACAGCAGCACUGCCAGCUGAUCUGCUGCUUGCUGCCUCCAAUGCCUCUUCUAAUGUCACCACCGCCUCUGCUGUCUGCCGCUCUCUUCCCUCUUCGGGCCACAUUUUUUCUCCUUGUUAUUUUCUGCUCUCUCCUUUGCCUGCCACUACUGAAUAUCUCAACUUUGGCUUCUCAGGAACCAAAAUCCCGCCUUCUGGCCGGCAAACCAAUCACACAUAUUGUCUGCCAUCUCUACAUCUUUGGUUCAGCCCAGCUAUUUUGGUCCCUGCUCGCACUCUGAGAUUUUUCUCACUUUCCUCUGGGUUUACACCUCUUUCAGCACUUAAAGGGUGAUAGACAUCUUAGAGUUGGUUAACUGAGCUAUAAAGGUCAGACUUCUGACACAGCUGGUGAUUGGCUAAUGGAUCUAGGUGUCAAAAGAAGGAAGAACUGGUUAAAGUCAUAUGGCUAUCUGCUUCCCUAUGACUCACGGGCACCCGCGCUGCACUCAGGGAAGGUCUUACAGUCAGCAGUCUCCACUAUGCAGCAGUUUUAUGGGAUCCCAGUCACCGGUGUGUUGGAUCAGACAACAAUCGAGUGGAUGAAGAAACCCCGCUGUGGUGUCCCUGAUCACCCCCACUUAAGCCGUAGGCGGAGGAACAAGCGCUAUGCCCUGACUGGACAGAAGUGGAGACAAAAACACAUCACCUACAGCAUUCACAACUACACCCCAAAGGUGGGGGAGCUAGACACACGGAAAGCAAUUCGCCAGGCUUUUGAUGUGUGGCAGAAGGUGACCCCGCUGACCUUUGAAGAGGUGCCAUAUCAUGAGAUCAAAAGUGACCGGAAGGAGGCAGACAUCAUGAUCUUCUUUGCUUCUGGUUUCCAUGGCGACAGCUCCCCAUUUGAUGGAGAAGGGGGAUUCCUGGCCCAUGCCUACUUUCCUGGCCCAGGGAUUGGAGGAGACACUCACUUUGAUUCAGAUGAGCCGUGGACACUAGGAAAUGCCAACCAUGAUGGGAAUGACCUCUUCCUGGUGGCUGUGCACGAGCUGGGCCAUGCGCUAGGACUGGAGCACUCCAACGACCCCAGCGCCAUCAUGGCGCCCUUCUACCAGUACAUGGAGACACACAACUUCAAACUGCCUCAGGAUGAUCUCCAGGGCAUCCAGAAGAUCUACGGACCCCCAGCUGAGCCCCUGGAGCCCACCAGACCCCUCCCCACGCUCCCCGUCCGCAGGAUCCACUCACCAAGUGAGAGGAAACAUGAGCGCCAGCCCAGGCCACCUCGGCCGCCCCUCGGGGACCGGCCGUCCACACCGGGCGCCAAACCCAACAUCUGUGAUGGCAACUUCAACACAGUGGCACUCUUCCGAGGCGAGAUGUUUGUGUUUAAGGAUCGCUGGUUCUGGCGCCUGCGCAAUAACCGGGUACAAGAGGGCUACCCCAUGCAGAUUGAGCAGUUCUGGAAGGGCCUGCCUGCCCGCAUAGAUGCAGCCUAUGAAAGGGCUGAUGGAAGAUUUGUCUUCUUCAAAGGUGACAAGUACUGGGUAUUUAAGGAGGUGACGGUGGAGCCUGGGUACCCCCACAGCCUGGGGGAGCUGGGGAGCUGUCUGCCCCGAGAAGGCAUUGACACAGCUCUGCGCUGGGAACCUGUGGGCAAGACCUACUUUUUCAAAGGCGAACGGUACUGGCGCUACAGCGAGGAGCGGCGGGCCACGGACCCUGGCUACCCCAAGCCCAUCACUGUGUGGAAGGGCAUCCCACAGGCUCCCCAGGGGGCCUUCAUCAGCAAGGAAGGAUAUUACACCUACUUCUACAAGGGCCGGGACUACUGGAAGUUUGACAACCAGAAACUGAGUGUGGAGCCAGGUUAUCCACGCAACAUCCUACGUGACUGGAUGGGCUGCAACCAGAAGGAGGUGGAACGGCGGAAGGAGCGGCGGCUGCCCCAGGACGAUGUGGACAUCAUGGUGACCAUCAAUGACGUACCAGGCUCUGUGAAUGCCGUGGCUGUGGUCAUCCCCUGCAUCUUGUCCCUCUGCAUCCUGGUGCUGGUCUACACCAUCUUCCAGUUCAAGAACAAGGCAGGCCCUCAGCCUGUCACCUACUAUAAGCGGCCAGUCCAGGAGUGGGUGUGAGCAGCCCAGAGCCCUCUCUGUCCACUCGGUCUGGCCAGCCAGGCCCUUCCUCAUCAGGGUCUCAGGGGCAGCUCUGGCCACUGCCCACCGGGGCCAGAAGGGCCCUAGGCCAGGGGUCGUGCAGCUGAAGUGGUAGGUACAUUGGCCUAGGCUGAGCAUGAGGCAGGGAGUGAUGGUGGCUGUGCCCCAGGGUGGGUGUCUGGCAGCCAGUUGCCAGCCUUCUGUCCUGGGUGAACUGCUCCCUACGCAAGGGUAUAGGCCAGGCCCCAUCAGGAGGCAGGGACCAGGCCAGGAGGAGGCCCUGUGGUCACUGCAUCCUGUGGUUAUCAAUGAGGCACCACAGCUCUGUUCCUGGCUGGACCCAGCACCUUCUGUGGAAGCCAGCACUAGCACUCUCAGCCCCCUCUGGGAGAUGCCACCAAUCCUGGUCCCCCUUUGCCAACACCUGCUGGUCAGAUGUCCCCCCUGCCCCCACCCCACUGUCCUCCAAGGCUACAAGACCCCUGCUGCCAACAUGGUGGGCAACAAGCCCGGGUUUCCGCUGCUGGCAUACAGCAGAUCCCUCAGGAAACCUGCUCCACAUCAGGGUCUCCUUUGAGAUCUAGGAUUUAGGGUCACAUGUUGCAGGCAGUGCUGUGGCCCAGCGGGGUCUGACAAGGACCCAGCUGUCACGUCGUGAAUAUUUAAAUGUCCUGUUACUACUGUUUUAAAAGUCCCAUUCUGCAAAGGCUGUUUGAGGCGUUAGGUGAAUUAGAGGUGACUAUCUUGGUGAUGAGGCCAGCGUGGCCGGCCCUUCCCCAGGAGACAAGGACCAAGGUGCUGCUAAGGCCACUCUAGCGCCUAGACACCCCAGGAGCUGGACCUGCUCAUGAGGCUAAAGGUCUGGGGCAGGAGCUGAUCCCAUCUCUGGAGGCUGAUCUGAGUUCUGACUAUCCUCCACUUCUCUGUCCCUCUCCCCAUUCUCCCAGUCCCCAGCCCUGUUGCUUAUGGCCUGGGGCUCAGCCUGACUAGCUAGGUGAGGCAGAAAUGGCUCCAGGCCAACAUUCUCAUGGCUUUGGGGGUAAUGGGCCCAGGGCAGCCUUCUCAAGUGUUCAGAGCCCACACCCCCAGUUACCCUGAGGCCAACUCAAUCUCUCAGCUUGGAAGCAGUGUUUAUACAAGCUUGGCCCUUGCUAACCCUGCUCACUGGGCCCAUCUGCCUGCAUUGCAGUCCCAAUCCUAGGGGCCCAUCCUUCACAGUCUCUGGAAUUCCUAGGGCUCAGCUUGCCUCACUCCAACCCAGUGGAGGCAGCCCUGUUUGUCACUGAAGAGCCCUAGGCAAGACUAAUGGGUUCAGUGAUGCCCACUGGCUCUCUGCCAAAGCCAAAAGGUGGUACAUCUUCAGGGUGCUGGCAGAGUCUCCGAUGCCACUCUGGCCCUCUGGGCCUGCAUGGGCCUCGCCCCUACCCUGUGGCCUCUGGGCUUUGGGUUGGCUUAACCUGUAGCAGACAGGGACUACUAUUGCCCUGGGAGCUGUCUUGAGCAAAAUCUCUCUUGUCCCAGAGGCACCUAUGUGGGUCCACUAUGUUCCCGGGCAUCAUCCUUCUG